CAGAUGUAAUUAUAUUGAGCUGUUUAUCGCGGCCAUUGUUAUUGAGAGCUCUAAGCAGCGCUUUAUUGGAUCCGCUCGACGCUGACUUCGGUAGUAAUAUGCAGGCGUCGCUUAUCAUUUGUUGUUGUGGGACCAACGCUGGAAAUCGACAUCACAAAAGCAAAAACAACAACAACAAGAGGACAGCUGCUGCUGACGACAAAACAAAAGUGGAUCGUCGAACAAAAGCCAGAUACAAUCAGCAAAUUAUUCGCUGCCAGACAUACUUAGAAGCUUAAAGUCAACAGUCGACACAGUUGCAGCCAAUCUGUGCAAUGAACUCGGCUUGAAUCGAAACUCACAAAAUCAGAAACAUCACAGAAAUAAAAAAGUAUAUGUAUGCCAAUAGCAACUGGUGUCGGUAACGAAUGUUUCACAAUGGCAGCAAUUCAGCAGCAGAAGCAACAGGAUUUGCAACAGCUGAUCGAGUUGCUGCCCAUCGAAGAGAAUCAAUUUAUACAGUCCUUUAUUGAAUGUCUUGAUGGAAUCGUCACUCCAGCUUAUUGGGAGCACCUGCAGGCGCUGAUUAUAGCCUCACCCUAUCCUACUCUGCAAAUACUGCAAAUUCUAUAUAAUCGGUCCAAAUUCCACUUCGGACGCAUCGUAAGCAACGCACUGAAUCAAAUGCUGGAUGAUGAUGACGCAUUGAACUCCAGUUCAGGAACGUCACGUUUCCUCAGCGUGUUAGCUAACUUUCCACAACAAAUAUUGGAGGUGGCAACCGUGCAGAAAAAAUUGAUAGAACGCCUUGAAAGUGACUCAUGGGUAAACAAUGAGCAUUUAAUGCUGGCUCUAUUAGCACGUCAAGAUUCACAAUUGCUGAAAACGAUUCUGUACAAGCAGCAACAGCAGCAAGAAAUCUUAUGCAGCAAUGCAGCUCCCACAAGGCAACUCGUACUCCAACUGGCACUCAGUCAACGGGAGCACUUUGUGCCACGCGUGUGUCAACAGCUGAAGAACUUUGAGUGCAUUCACGAUUGCACAUUGCGCAACAAUUUACUCAUAUUGCGACUGGCCAAUGAAUUUGCUAUCGGCACACAAACGCUAGACGAGCUGGCACAACUGGACCAAGUACUGGCUGUCUUUGAUAUUGCCGCCGUGCCCGCUGAUGUGCAACCCGUGCAGCAAUUCUUUUACGCUGAUUUUCAGCGGCUCGCCGUGCUGCUCAAGUUUCUGCAACAGCAGCAGGAGGGAAACGCCUGCAAGACCAUUAAAGUGGAUGCACUGCUGCGUGCACCAGGCAUGCUCUCCCUGAUCUAUGAGCAUGGCAUACAAUGUGAUAACGAGCAGGUGGUUCAACUGAUCGAGGACGCCUACAAGUGGCAGCAGCAAACACCAGCACUGAAAUGUGUGCGCGCCGAGGAGCUAGAAACUUGGAGCUACUACACAGCGUUGUGUCAUGUGUACAAUGUGAUAUUGGAACUGCAUGACUCGAGUAUUAGGGAGCAGCUUUUGUUGCUCUCUGCUCAGUUACGUCAACUGCGUGAACUGGGCACACUCUGCUCGCUCCUGCAGGAUAUUUUCCAGCUGGUGUUUCUACGCUGGGAGCAGCUGCAGAAUACAAAGGAAUGCGAUGGCGAUGACGAUGACGAUGAACAGUAUGUGGACGAUGAUGCGACACCUCCACGCCCAGCAAAUGUCCCAAGUGCUCAGAAACGUCGCUAUGGCUUCAUCUGCCGUGCACCGGUCCUCUAUGCUCUAUUUAGUUACCUGAAGAGCUUUGUCACCAAGAAGCUCCACACGCAGGACUUUAAAUAUGCCACAGAAGAGCAACAGCGUUGCUUUCAGCGCCUGGUGGAUGCCAUCAGUGAGGCGCUUUGGAAGUUCAGCGUUCUGCAGAAGAUCGAGCAAUCGCUGACAAAAGCAACAGCUUCUGCGUCAGGCUGCAACCUGGAACCGGAACAACUGCUGCAGCUCAUCCAAUUGCACAGUCAUGCGCGAGAGAAGGCCUCCAGCGAUGACGAGAGUCGCGAACGAUCCUAUCACGCCUCUAGUCUAACGCGCCGCAAAUCGCGCAGACAGCGCCGAGCGGUCAGCUUCAGUGGAGCGGCUGCCAGUAAAUCAGCUGAUGCACCAACACUGGAACAGUGUCGCGCGAGAGCACAGCAGUUAUUGCUCCACGGCAGUCGACGCAACAGGGAGCCACAACUGGCUGUUUCCCAGCCAACAGAUCGCUCCAUCAUACCCAAAAUGCUGAGCACGCCGGAGCAGUUGGCCAUCAUGGCGCUGGCGCUUAAAAACUUCAAUGAUGUCAAGUAUAUCAUAGAGACCUUUCACCUCGAACAAAGUCAACUGAGUCGCGAGCUGCAGUUCAUGGAGCAUCAGCAGCUCAUCAAACAAAAGCUGGCCAACAUCUAUGCAAACUAUGAGAAAUUGACUGGCGAGGCAAACGAUACCAAGAGCAGCAGCACCACUACCACCACAGUGGAGCAAAUCAAAAGCGUGGCCGCCAAGGGCUUCGAGUUAUCCAAAAUCAUCAGCGUCGUCGACAAUUUCGCGCAGUCACAGAAGCUGCAGCACAGCGCCGAGUUGAGGAGCCUAUUGCAGCGACACAGCGCAAAUGCCCAAAAUGGUUUCCUGCAGCAGUUCCAGGAGCGAAAUCUAAAUGCCUUAAUUGUCUGUGAUUUAAUUGUGAAUCUCAGCUUCAAUCGAGAGAUUACCUGCAAUUUGCUGCUGGUCAUACGCCGCCAGCAGCAGCAGCAGCAACAACAGCAACAACAACAGCAAUCCGCGGGCGAUAGUUCUAAUGAUGGACGACCUCGCGAAAUUGGCGCCAUGUACCUCAUGGAGAAUCUCUGCGAGUGUAUGCGUUUGCUGGAGCGCGCUGGCCGCCAACCGGCACUAAAUGCGCUGCUCUGCCGGCACAGUUAUGCUUUGAGGCCAGCGCCACUAGCCCUGCAGUUGCAGCGAGAGGCGGCCUUUACAACUCUUUACCAGAAGGCCUCGAUGGAUUAUGCGCAUUCACGGGAGCUACGUGGCCACGCGUCCCUUUUUCAACAGUUCAAAUCGCGGUACAAUUACUACACCCGCUUCUGUGGCUAUAUGCAACAGCUGGCACGUCUGCUGCAGCUACGGGAUCCGAAUUUGGAGUAUCACAACACGCAGCUGUUGCGUCACGAUCCCUACCAGGUUAUUGGUGAGCUAAUCUACGAUUGCAACAUCACACCGCUGGAGAUUGAGGGCAAUGUGGCUGCUCUACAUCUGAAUCUGGUGCAUGUUAUAGCACUCAAUAUUUGUCCGCAGCUCGCAGAACGGACAGUAAAGCAAUCGCCACGUUCGGUGCCGGUCCAGAAGCAGGAAUCAAUUCAUAACUACAUUGCGCAACACAAUCAGCUGCUGGCUCAAUUGCUGCAGGCAAUUCAACUGGGCGAUCUUCCACCGACUGACAUUUCCGAGACGGGCUUGAACUUUAGCUGUCUGCGCCAAUUGAUGCAGCUGCCUGAAAUGGCGACACUUGCGCUUAUGCAUGAGAAAAAUGCAGUAAUGGCUGCACUACAUGCCUACAAACUGGACAGUGCGAACCUGGAGCGGUUGGAUCUCAGCAAGGAACUGCAAUUUCGUAUUCUUCUUCUGGGCAUUGGUGGACAGGGAGAAUCUACUACUCAACUCAAGACUCGAAUCGAUCGUUUAAUUAGCGAGCUAAUUGCAGAGGAUCCGAAGCAUAUACAACUGGCUUCCCAUAUGAACGAUUUGGGCACUCGGGCGCAACUGUUGCAGCAACACUUUACCAAAAUAUCCAGCAGUCAGUUGGCCAAAGAGCUCAUAGAGCGAACACUGCAGCAUCGAGGUGCGGAGAUUGCCAUUCCACAGCUGCUGCGAAGCCAAUUGGAGCACACUCUCUCGGACAUUACGAUUUAUGCGAGAGUCUCGGCGCUGUUGCAGUUCGAGAGCUGGCCACAGGCCUAUGAUUUCGGCCGGCAGACGCCGAAUGUGAUCUUCGAGAAGCUGCUGCAAGGUAGACACUAUGAGCUGUGCCACGAAUGGUGCCGCAUGGUGCAGCUAACGGAUUCGGCUGGGCAGCAACGUGUCUGUCUGCUUACCCUCUUAGAUGCGCUGCUGGAGUUGCGCGACGAGGAUGAAUUGGAUCCGCACUUGUUGCACAUUGCCGAGCUAUUUCCAGCUAAGGUGCUGGUCAAUUUUCUGGACACGCACAAGGAUAAGAUGCGUUCUCUGGCGCUGCUACAAUGGCUGGUUGACUAUUUGGAGCGGCAUGCACGCAAUGCGCGACCCUAUCUCAAUUAUCAACUGUCACUGGAGCUGCUGCGACAGCUGCCCAGCGCUCAGCGUGAACAUUUCUGGGCACUCCUGCACUAUCCCUUACUGAUUAUAGAGCAAUUGGUGAUGAAUACGCGCUUUGAGCUGCUCACCAAGCUGCUGGAGCCGGCACGUGCCAAGCUGCAGCAACGAAUCCCGUUGGGUCCCUGUGGCUAUUGUUUUGAGAAGCGUGGUCACGCCUACGAUGUUCACAGCAGCAGCAGCAGCACCGAUAAAGGCACCGGCAAGCUGAAAUUUCAAUUGGGUCAUAGCAACACGGAGGCAUUUAUUUUGCUGAACUUUAACUCGUACCAGCAGGACCAUGUGAUCAGCAAUGACUGCCUGGAUUUGCUGCUGCGCAUCUAUGCCAGCAAUGCAUUGGACUAUCAAAUUGCCAAUGUACGCACUGGACUAGCUCCAGAGCCGGGUUCCUUGGGUACAGAUGUGCAGAACUCAUUGGAUUCGCUGUGCGGCGCCUUUCAGAUGCCCAAGCAGGCGCCAUCGCGUGAACAGUGGACACCCGACGAGGAGGCCACCCACUGCAUGUGCUGUCGUCGUUCUGCUUUUACAAUGCUGAUGCGACGACAUCAUUGUCGCCGCUGUGGCCGCGUUGUCUGCUAUGCCUGCUCCGCACAGCGCAUGGUCAUUCCAGAGCUCUAUGGUGAUGUGGAGGUACGCGUCUGCAACGAUUGCUGUGUCCCGGUCGCUGCAGAGAAACCGUUGCAUGUCAAUGAAACGGCGACAAUUGUGGCACGUGCACCCUCAAAUCCUUCCGAUUCCUACAAGUGGCGUCUAAGCGGCAUCAUUACCCACGACAAGCUGCUGCGCGAGGAGUUCUGCUACGAGCAUGCGCCCAGCGUGGCUCUUAGUUUGUCCAUAUUGAGGCAUCAUCUGGAUCAGCGUCAGUGUGUGGAUCUAUUACUAUUCCACUGUCGCAAGCUGGAGAAGCUCAUAGUGCCCAAUCCGGAGGUAGACUACCAAUUAGUUGCCAAAAUGAUGAACUGUCUUGCAUUGGCAGCGAAGGUUCGUGGAGCGCCCGGCGAGUUUGAGAACAUACGCGAGCACUCGGAGAUCAUUAUGGCCGUGGUGCAGCAGGGCUGCGAAUCCUUGAUACCAGCCGGAUCAUUAAACAAUCACAGUAUGCGCAAAUUAGCCGAUGCUUUAGUUGAGGCGGAGCACUGGAAACUAGCGCUGGAGGUGCACCUUAAAUGGGGAUUUGCUACCACUGGUGUAAUGGCGGCCCAUGGCUUGGCUUGUUUGCGCGCCGGAUGCUAUGAUGCAGCGCGUGAAAAAUUUGGGCAUUGCAUGGCGCGUUUGUCGACCGAGGAGCAGAACAGUCACAUCUACAAGGAAAUAUUUGACAAGGAUUUGCCAGCCUUAGUGUCACAGACUGACACGCCCACACACAUGCCAAAGAAACGUCCACAACGUGGACCUGCCCUGCUACAGGAAAUACUCCAGCUAAUUGCUGCAAUGCCACAGGCACAACCACAGCCAGAGACACUUCAGCGUGCGUCGCUAAUCCGCAACUCGAAUACAUCGUUGGCGUCCCUCUUCUCGCGACGCCGGGAGCCGUACGUGGUGCAGACACCACUACAAGAGCCGGCGCUUAAUGUGAUCAAUGCGCUAGCCAAUCUGAAGCACAUUGCCAAGGGACACUAUGGGGAAGCGACAAUGAAAUGCGGCACUGAGGAAAAUCGUCAGACGCGCUCUUUUGAGGAAUCUUUGCAUUAUGUGCUAACUUAUGGCAGCCAUACGGACAUUCUGCAGUUUCUCAUGCAGCACGAUGAGCUGCGUGCGGCACUGCGCUACUGGCUGCAUCAGCAGCUGGAGGCGGAGCUUUUCAUCCUACAUAUAUUCCAUGUCUCACUGGCCGGUGGUCGCUUACCUGCGCUGAUUGACGAACUGCUGCAAUUGGAUACCGAUGCACAGUUAAAUUCGUGGCGUGUGCCGCUGUUGCAGACCUGCAGAUUUCUGGAGCAGCAGCAGCAGCUUAAUUCACUGUAUCAACUGCAGCUGUUACUCAAGGAUCCGGUGCGAGCGAGCAUGACUUGCGUCAAGUUUUAUUCGCUGCACUGCGAAAACUUUCAGAAGCUGCAUGCGAAUGCUCAACACUUGGUUUCAGCUCACAUGCACCUGCAGAGCGAGCUGGACCUGGCUGAGUGGGAUCAUUUGCAGCGCGAGCAAAAACAGUCGGGUUCCAGACGUGUCAGUGUUGCGAGUUUUAAUGCAAGCACAACUUGUUUUGCUAUGCAACUGGAUGCACGUGCUCUGAAUGGUCAUAUCAAUACGAUACGACGCCAAAUGGAGUUGGCCAAGUUUCUGGCACAGUGCGAACGAGAACAGGCGUCGGUGAGCGGAUCGCUUUGCACGCUGCAAAUUCUGAAACAGAUACGAUUAGAGGCGCCGCGCGGCACUUUGCCCACUUUAUUUGAUGGCGCUGCAGACAAGAUUCAGCUGUGCAUUCUGGUGCUGCUCUGCGGCAAGAAUAUAGACGAAGGCUUUGGCCUGGCCUACGGCAUUAUGCAGGACUACAAGUUGGCACCGAUGAAAGUGUUUGGCGCCACUGCCAAAUAUUUGGCGAAAAACGAAAGGCUGAGCGAGGUGGAUCGUCUGCUUGACUGCAUAGCCAGCAAUAAUGGGAGCAGCACCGCUUCGGAGUCCGAUGAGCUGCUUUCGAUUGCCGUCAAUGCUGCUGUUAAUAGCAACGAGCCGGAGACUAAGCAGACGUUGGACAAGUUGGUCAAGCGCAUUGGAAACAUAGAACUGCGCAUAUCGUCCUAUAUUUUUAUUGGUCAACUUAAAUCGGCAUAUUUGCUGGCCAACAAGAAUGAGCGUUUGACAGACAUACGGAAAAUCUUGAGACAGGCGGAGAUGACCAAUCAAAUUCAUAUUAAAAAACUGUGUGAGAAGAAAUUGAACAUAAAUUCAAGUCCAAUGUCGCCAACGCCACUGUGAUAACAUAUUCAAUCAGGCAAUAUAUAAAUUCUGAUGAUGGUA